AUGAACAAUAAAUCCCUUACAAGUCUAGGUUGUUAUCAAGCAAAAUCAACGUCUAAGAAUUCCACAGCAUCUAGAAUUGAAAAACCAACAGUAGAAACAGGUAUUAUCCCUUACAAAAAUCAGACACCUGAUGAUAACGUUGUGUUGAAUAACGAUAAUACUUCAUCACCAAUAGAGCAAAACAAGUCAAAGCAAUAUUCCAGGCCAGCGAAAAAUAAAAAGUUUAAGGUUCAUAAUGGAGACGGUACUUAUUCAGAGAGAGUGAGUCCUUCAAAGAAAAAUAGGCUACAACAAAGUUCAAGCCCUAUAAAAGAUUCAAACCCAUUGGAUCGAAACAUACGCUCCUACCCACUUAGUUUGACAGGAAAUGAUUCCAUUGAAGAAGAUUCCAAACUCAAAGAAAGGGAAGAGUUUGGUACAGUUUUAAUCAAUGAAUUAGCACUGUCACCUAAAAGAUCUCCGGAAAAAUCAAAAUCAGAAAUUGCAAUAGAUAUAGAUUUAACAGAUGAUGAAGAUGACAUUUUUGCAACAAGAAACGGCAGUAAGAGGGGUCCAAUAUCGACAUCCAAAUUACCUCUGAAAAAGAAAAAUACUCAUGUUCAGCAUAAAGAUAAAUCAGAGCCAAUAAAACCAAUAAAUUUAUUACUUGAUUUCCAAGUUAAAAAGUAUGGAACCAAAGAUGAGAUACUAAAUCGUCACAAGAGACUAAAAAUUCCAGUACCGAUUACAUCAAGAAGUACCUUACUUAAACGAGCUUCAAAAUAUUAUAAAUUCAUUCCAGAAAUUUUAUCAGGUAAAGCCGACCCUUCGAUAUAUUACGAGAGAGCUAAAGAUCAGUGUGUCAAAUCGAGGCAGGAAACUAUGCUGGCUCAAGAAAAAUUAAAAGUAAAUUGGGAAUCAUUUUAUGGAGGUUAUUAUGGAUUUCAGAGACAAUCAGUGAUUGGUAGUGAUAUUUUCAAGAAAUUUGAAACUGAUUUGAAUAAUACAAGUAGUUAUAAUAAGACGGUAAAAUAUUGGACACCUUCAAGUUUCGCAAUGCAUGUUUUAGCUAAUGAAAUCAUACUAAGAAUGAUUAUUGAAGAUUUGAAAUGUAGAUUUGAGAAAGCUGAGGAAAUAUGUCAAUCUACAGUAGAUUAUGGUAUAAUUAUUGCUGAUCAUGUUGAAAUUGUAAAUGAUAUGAAAAUGGAUGGUGAUCAAGAUGAAAUUGAUCAUGAUACCAUAACAAUAGAAGAUGGUGAUGAUGAUCGGGUUGAAAUCGUAAAUGAUAACACAACGAGUGAUAGUGGUAGUGAUAUAUUUUAA